CCAUUCACCCCUUCUCUUUCUCAUCAGUCCCAUCUACUUCCAUUAGUUCACCACCUCUCACCACCCACUCUCUUUUUCCUCAUUCCUUUUCCAAUGCCCGCUCCCUCUCAAUUUCUGCAGCCGCCACUCUUCAAUCAUCUCUCUCUCCCACCCCUGCAGAGGGCCAGGAGAAUAGUGGGAUUCCAAUGAAGGGCUCCAAGGUUCUUUUAAAAGGGAUGAGAUACCAUGAACUCGAGAAAUGGGUUCAGUCUCAUGGUUAUAGGCCUGCUCAGGCUUUGAUGUUAUGGAAACGCCUCUAUGGAAAUAAUAUUUGGGCUCACUACAAUGAAGAAAUGGAAGGCUUGAACAAGGACUUCAAGGGGAUGUUGGCUGAACACGCUGAAUUCAAGGCAUUACAUUUUAAGGAUAUGCUCACAGCAUCUGAUGGAACCAAGAAGAUAUUAUUCACAUUGGAUGAUGGGCUGGUGAUAGAAACUGUUAUCAUUCCUUGCCGUAGGGGCCGAACCACUGUAUGUGUUUCCAGUCAAGUAGGCUGCGCGAUGAAUUGCCAGUUUUGUUACACUGGAAGAAUGGGAUUAAAACGAAAUUUGUCUGCUGCUGAGAUAGUGGAGCAGGCCGUUUUUGCAAGGCGCCUUCUGUCGCGUGAAGUUGGCACCAUAACCAAUGUUGUAUUCAUGGGAAUGGGUGAACCACUUCACAAUAUCGAGAAUGUUAUAAAAGCGGCAGACAUAUUGGUAGAUGAGCAUGGCCUUCAUUUCAGUCCUCGGAAGGUCACGAUUUCAACCAGUGGGCUUGUUCCUCAAAUAAGACGUUUCCUUAAAGAGUCUAACUGUGCAUUAGCUGUCAGCUUAAAUGCUACAACAGAUGAGGUGAGAAACUGGGUCAUGCCGAUUAACCGCAAGUAUAACCUACGGUUGCUUCUGGACAUGCUCCGCGAGGAACUUUGUUUGAAACACAACUACAAGGUCUUGUUCGAAUACGUAAUGCUUGCAGGAGUUAACGACAGCAUUGAAGACGCCAAGAGGUUGAUCGAGCUAGUCCAGGGCAUUCCUUGCAAGAUCAAUCUCAUCUCUUUUAAUCCUCAUUCUGGGUCACAGUUCAAGCCGACCAGUGAAGAGAAGAUGAUUCAGUUUCGUAAUAUCCUUGCCGAAGCAGGUUGCGUCAUAUUUCUAAGACUGAGUAGAGGCGACGAUCAGAUGGCUGCCUGCGGCCAGCUUGGGAAGCCAGGUGAAAUCCAGGCUCCCGUGCUCAAAGUCCCGGCUAAAUUUCAAACUGCCGUCGAGGCUUCGGCUUGAACACAAUAUUUGGUUGUUUCUUGGCUCCCAGCUUAGACAAAUUCUCAUCCUGAAAUCUAAAGGAUGCAUGCUUUUAUUUGGUUUCAACUGUUUGGUUGCUGAUGCCAGUUUGAGGUAGUUCAUUAAUUAAUUGCAUAAUGCUUUUUUCC